AUGCUAUACUCUGUGAGGCCAAGGGCCCUCAUUCUACGCUCGUUAAGGCACAAUUACGCCUUUUCAUACCGGCGGCACUCUACGAAAGCGUGCGAUCCUCUUAGAAUCCUUUUCUGCGGCUCCGAUGAGUUUAGUAUAGCAUCUUUGAACGCUCUACACAAUGAACGUGUGGAAAGUCCAGAUACAAUUGCAUCUAUUGAUGUAGUAUGUCGGCCUGGUAAGCCGGUUGGCCGUGCUAUGAAAACAAUCCGCGAAGUGCCUAUUAAAGCUGUCGCAAAUGAACUUUCCCUUCCAAUACAUGAAGUAGAUACAUUUACCAAAUGGACGCCCCCGAAACCACAGGGAGAACCGAUUAACCUGAUAAUAGCUGUCUCAUUUGGACUCUUUAUCCCUCCUAGAAUAUUGAAGGGGGCGAAAUACGGUGGACUUAAUGUUCAUCCUUCACUCCUACCAGAUUUUAGAGGAGCUGCUCCCCUUCACCACACUCUACUGGCCGGGGACAAAACCACUGGGAUCACUUUGCAGACGCUCGACGCUGCUAAAUUUGACCACGGCUUAAUUCUAGAUCAGACACCUGCCCCAGGAUUUCCAAUACCUGACCCUGAUUCUUGUGACCUCCCCCGGCUGCUUAAUAUUGUGUCAACAAAAGGAGCAGAAAUGCUUGUAAACGGAAUUAGGAACCGUGUAUUUGUUCCUCCAUUAAACCCAAUCAAGCAAUCAACUACGGAUGAAAGUGUUCUAAGGCCUGCCAAUAAGAUAAAACCUGAGAACCGCCAUAUUAUAUGGAAAUUAUGGAGCUGGGAUGCAAUUCGGCGACAUCAGACUGUGCUAGGCGCACUCUGGAAUACAGCUGCGUUGUCACCUACCAUACCAGGGGAGGAGCAUCUUGUGCAGCGAAAGAGAAUUAUUUUCGGGAACAUGAAAGCGGCCGAUAGCAUACGGGGUAUCGAUGCCAUACCUUUUACUGAGCCUGGUGUUCCAUUUACAUUCAAAGACCCGGCGAACAAGAAAGAUGAAGGACGGCUCUUGGUGUUUACAAGUGAUGGGAAACCCCUUCAAGUAGAAGAAAUGAAAGUUGAAGGGGACAGGAUGGCUCCUGCAUACCGAGCUGCAUUGAAGGCUAAACUUGUUGACCCGGUAGCAGCAAGGAGCUCAAUGCACAGUCCAUUCCACGGCCCUCUUCUAUAA